AUGUCCGGGGUCGCAGGGAAGCUGCAGCACGCGCGCUCGCGGGCGCGGGGUCUCGGCACGCGAGUUGACGCGCUCCGUUACCUGGAGCAGGACUACGAGGCGCUGAGGGGCGCGUGCCUCCGCGAGGGCCGCCUGUUCGAGGACGAGACGUUUGAGGCAGCUCCGCACGCGCUGGGCUUUCGCGAGCUCGGAGGCGGGGUCACGUGGCGGAGACCGAAGGAGCUGACCCCUGAACCUCAGUUCAUUGUUGAAGAAGCAAAAAGAACAGACAUCAUUCAGGGUGCUCUGGGCAACUGCUGGCUCCUGGCAGCCAUUGCUUCACUCACUUUGAACAAGAAGGUUCUGGAUCAUGUGGUUCCACCUGAGCAGAGCUUUGAGAAGGACUAUGCUGGCAUCUUUCACUUUAAGUUUUGGCAUUAUGGCGAGUGGGUGGAUGUUGUCAUCGAUGACCGGCUGCCCACCAGAAACGGGAAGCUACUAUUUGUCUAUUCAGAGCAGAGGAACGAGUUUUGGAGCGCCCUGCUGGAGAAGGCCUACGCUAAGCUGUACGGCUGCUAUGAGGCGCUGUCUGGAGGCCUGGCCUGCGACGCCUCUGAGGACUUCACUGGAGGCAUCACAGAGGUCCACAAGCUGAACAAAGCAAGUCCACACCUGUUCAGACACAUCCAGAGGGCUCUGGUCCUGGGAUCACUGCUGAGCUGCUCUAUUGACGCCUCCAGACCAGAGGCGGGCUGUGGGGAGGUGAAGAGGGGGCAGCUGAUAAAAGAACACGCCUACUCUGUAACAGGAGCUGAGGAGUUGCCCUGCGGCCCUGAGGGAUUUACAUGUAAAUGGCCGUGGUUAUGUGCUCGGGCCAGGCCUGAGAUGAUUCAUCUGAUUCGGAUUAGGAAUCCGUGGGGAAUGGGGGAGUGGAAAGGACCCUGGAGCGAUGGGUCAGCAGUGUGGACAGAGAUCAGCUGCAAGGACAGAGCCAGGCUGAGGCAUAAAGCGGAGGAUGGAGAAUUCUGGAUGUCAUUCUCAGAUUUCCUGCAACGCUUCUCACAGCUGGAGAUCUGUAACCUGACUCCAGACGCGCUGGGUGACGAUGGCGUUAAGAGAUGGGCACUGUCGAUGUUCGAGGGCAGCUGGAGAAGGGGAUCCACAGCAGGAGGAUGCCGGAAUUUUGAACGUACGUUCUGGAUGAACCCUCAGUUUGUGAUUAAGCUGAACGAGGAGGAUGACGAUCCACAUGAUAAUCACACAGGCUGCAGCUUUGUGGUGGCUUUGGUCCAGAAGAACCGGCGCAAGAUGAAGAAGCUUGGAGAGGGACUGUUGACCAUUGGGUUCACCAUCUACCAGCUUCCUGUGAAGUACUCAGGAGAGGGGAAUAUCCGCCUGGAUCGCAAAUUCUUCCUGACCCACCGUCUGGCUGCCCGUUCUGAGGCCUUUAUCAACAGACGUGAGGUGUGCAGUCGCUUCCGCCUGCCUCCAGGAGAGUACCUCAUCGUCCCCUCCACCUACGAACCGAAUCAGGAUGGGGACUUCUGCCUGCGCGUCUUCUCUGAGACACAGGCUGAGUUCCAAGAGCUUGAUGACCAGGUGGAAUCAAAUGUUAAAGAAGUGGACAUCUCAGAGGAUGAGAUUGAUGGUCAGUUCAUUAGUCUCUUUGGACAGCAUGCAGAAGAAGGCGGGAAACUCUCUGCCUUUGAGCUGAGGAGCUUUCUGAACAAAGAGGUCACUAAGCGUAUAGACAUACAAACCGAAGGGUUUAGCCUGCAAAGCUGCCGCGACAUGGUCAAUCUGCUGGACAAGGAUGGCAGUGGAAAACUCAGUCUGGUGGAGUUAAAGAUUCUCUGGGACAAAAUUCAGAGCUAUGGGAACAUCUACAAGGAGAAAGACGAGGACAAAUCCGGCACGAUGAGCUGCACAGAGAUGAGGCAGGCUGUGGAGGCAGCAGGAUUCUCUCUGAAUAACUCUCUGCAUCAGAUCCUCGUCGCUCGCUACAGUCAGCCCAACCUCACCAUCCACUUCAGUGAGUUUGUGGGCUGCCUGGUGCGUCUGGAGUGCAUGUUUAAAAUAUUUCAAACGUUGGACAAGGACGGAACAGGCAAGGUAGAAUUCAACAUGAUGGAGUGGCUGAGUGUGACUAUGCUUUAAAGGAGGACAACAGCAGGCUGUGGUCAGCAGGGCAGCACAGAAAGACAAACAUAACAGACAGAAACAGGAGCAGCGUCUCCUCCUAAUCUGACUAAAGCUUUACUAUAAGCAGAGAGAGAUCAGAGCAGAGCAGAGCAACAUGGGACGAGCCUUCAGUCUUUACAGCGUAUAUUACAGCUGAUGAAACUCAUCCACUGUGGAGGUGUUUAUCUAUGGAUUAUAAUUCAUUAUGAAACUGAUUUUGUGAUUAUCAGAAAUUAAACUGUGUAUGUUCGCCACUCGAAUUUUGAACCACAUGCCAUACGUCUUAUAUUAUUUUAUUAUAUAUAUUUUUAUAUUUUUUUAAUGAGAAAUUAUUUCUGACAUUUUAUUUACUUCUUUUAGUUUGUUUUUAGUAUUGAUGUCAUUUUUGAGUUGUUUUUUGUAAUAUUUUUGUAUUUCAUUGUAAAAUCAGUUUUUAUUAGUAUGACAUUAUUAAAAACCUGCAAUGAUGCCAAAUUAUUAAUACAAGGAAUAAAGGAAAUAUAAGAAAUUACACAAUGUAGAUUUAAAAGAUAGAAAUCAAACCAAAAGGUAUUUUUAAACAUUUCAUUAAGCAUUUUAAGAAUACUCAGAAGAAUUUAUUACUACAUUUAUUUAAAAUAUACUUUAUGUAUACUUUACAGAUAGUAAUUUGGUCUGAAGAUUUAAUCACUGCUUCAUAAAUUUUAUUUCGCAGUUAAAUAUUCAGGCCUGAUUGAAGCUCUGCUGCACACAUCACCAAUAAAGCACACGUUUGUUUAUGGUCCUCAUUCACCAACCGUUCUUAAGACGAAAUUUCUUCUUAAAACCAACUUACACAUUUUCUACGAAGAUUCUGACAUUCACUGAUGUUUAUGGUUUCUUUUUUGGCAUUUGUUUUUAGGUAAGAACAGAAU